AUGAUGGAGGACUUCAACAGCGAGACGGAUAGUGACUACACGAGUUACUGGAGAGACUGGUUUGUCUCUUCCCGAGGAAAUGAGUAUUUCUGCGAGAUUGACGAGGACUACUUGACGGAUCGCUUCAACUUGACUGGUCUGAACACUGAGGUCCCCUACUAUCAAUAUGCGCUCGACCUUGUCACAGAUGUCUUCGACCUCGAUGCCGAUGAUGAUCUGCGCGAGCAGAUCGAAAAGUCUGCCCGCCAUCUCUACGGUCUUGUCCAUGCGCGCUACAUCGUCACUACCCGUGGCCUUGCUAAGAUGCUUGACAAAUACAAGAAAUGCGACUUUGGAAAGUGCCCCCGCGUUAUCUGCGAGGGACACCCGCUUUUGCCCAUGGGCCAGUCCGAUCUCCCUAACAUGAGCACCGUCAAGCUCUACUGUCCCAAGUGCGAGGACAUCUACAACCCCAAAUCCUCCCGACAUGCCUCCAUCGACGGUGCCUACUUCGGAACCUCCUUUCACUCUAUCCUGUUCCAAGUCUAUCCCGCCCUGAACCCCGAGAAGAGCAUGCGCCGCUAUGAACCCCGAAUCUAUGGCUUCAAAGUGCACGCGGCGGCUGCGCUCGCUCGCUGGCAAGACGGCUGGCGCGAGGAUCUGCAUUGGCGCCUCGCUGAAUUCGACAUGACCCACAAAUUCAUCGAGGAAAGUGAGAGUGAAGAUGACGCUUUUGAUUACGUCGAAGAGCCGGAGGGCGCGAAAGUUGACAAGGUGGUGGCGGAGACUGCAUCAGGCCGGAUGGAUCUCGGCAACUGA